AUGGCGCAGCUCUGUGGGCUGAGGCGGUCCUGGGCGCUCCUCGCCCUGCUGGCAUCGCUGCUCCUCUCCGGGGCUGAGGCGGCCGACGGAGAACGUGGCGUCCACGACUUUUGCCGAGUUUCGAAGAGUGUGGGAAAAUGCCGGGCCUCCAUCCCUAGGUGGUGGUACAAUGUCACUGAUGGAUCCUGCCAGUCGUUUGUGUAUGGAGGCUGUGGAGGGAAUGACAAUAACUACAUGACCAAGGAGGAGUGUCUUGCAAAGUGUGCUGGUGUCACAGUACACACCAUCCAUGAUCUGUCCAGGAAUGGAGCACAUUCCUCUGUCCCAAGUGUUCCCAGAAGGCAGGAUUCUGAUGACCUGUCCGGUGAUAUUUUCAACUAUGAAGAGCACUGCACUGCCAAGGCCAUCACUGGGCCUUGCCGCGCAUCCUUCCCACGCUGGUACUUUAAUGCCGAGAAGAACUCUUGUGAUAACUUCAUCUACGGCGGAUGCCGGGGCAAUAAAAACAGCUACCUCUCCAAGGAGGAGUGCAUGCAGCGCUGCUUCGGUGAGUCUGCCUGACUCCUAACUCCAAGAAACAGCCGUGGGCAGAUGAACCCUCCUGAGAGGACACCAGCCUCUCUCUCAUCCACAGUGGUGGUCCUGGCAGGGCUGUUCGUGAUGGUCCUGUUCCUCUUGCUGGGAGCCUCCGUGGCCUGCCUGAUCAGGGUGGCGCGGAGGAACCAGGAGCGCACCCUCCGUACGGUCUGGAGCUCUGGGGACGACAAGGAGCACCUGGUCAAGAACACUUACGUCCUGUGA